AUGCCAAGUAUUGGACUUGGAACGUGGCAAUCUACUUCUGAGCAAGUCAAAGGCAUGUUUAUCAAAAUUUUGUUAUCUGAUUUUUUUUUGAAAAUUUAAAGAUGCUGUUCGAACUGCUUUGAAUUGUGGAUAUCGAUUGAUUGAUACAGCAAAAUUAUAUGAAAAUGAAAAGGAUAUUGGAGAAGUUUUGCAAGAGUUUUUUGAUGCUGGCACUUUGAAAAGGGAAGAUGUUUUUAUCACAACAAAAGCUUUUAGCAAUGAAGUUGCACCGGAUGCAAUUGAAAAUGCUUUGAAAGCUUCGUUGAAACGGUUACAACUUGAUUAUGUUGAUUUAUAUUUGGCGCAUGUUCCAACAUCUACCAAUGUUAGUUUUCAAAAAAAAUCAAUAGAACUAGGCAAAUCCUUUUUCAGAAUGAUAUGACUUUUCGAAAUGAUGUAACCGUUGAAGAUAUUUGGAAAGGGUUCGAAAAUGUUUAUCGACUUGGUCUUACUCGAGCAAUUGGAGUUUCUAACUUUAACAAUUCACAGAUUGAGCGGAUUAUCAAAAUUCAAACUAUCCCGAUUCAUGUUUCUCAAGUUGAAUUACAUCUAUAUUUUCCUCAAAAGUCUCAUCGUGAACUUUGCAAAAAGCACAAUAUUGUGAUAACAUCUUAUGCAAGUCUUGGUUCUCCAGCUCGACAAAAUGCGGGUCCAAUUUUCGAUCGAAAUGCGGAUGCAAAAAAUGAACUAGACGAUGAGAAUGUUAUUGCAUUGGCUCUGAAAUACAAAAAAACUCCAGCACAAAUCAUAUUGAAAUCUUUCAUCGAAAUGGGAAUUGCUGUUAUUCCAAAAAGUGUGACAAAAGUUAGAAUCUUGGAGAAUUUUCAACUUUUCGACUUUGCCUUAUCACACAACGAAUUGUCAAUUUUGCAAAACCAUAAUCAGCCUGAAAAGCGUCUAUUUUGGUUUCCAAUGUAAGUGUGGACACAAAAAAUACAAGUCAUAAUUCGUACAGAAUAUUUUUAUCAUUUAUUUUUUCAAGGUUGGCUGGCCAUUCCGAAUUUCCUUUCACAGAAGAGGGAGAAACUCAUUGA